AAAGCAGCUUUACAGGGGCAAACAGGAAAAACAGAAAAGUUAAAACACAGCACAGUGCAAGAAACUUGAUGUUGAUUUCUUUUCAAGUCAAAACUUGUUUUUCAUUGGAAAGUGUUGCAAUCUUACAGCAGUACCACAAUCACAAAACACUCAAAGUUUGAAAAACAUGACCCUUACAGUUCUCUCAAACAUUCUUUCUCAAUUGCUAUUAAUUGAAAAGAGGUCUAUGCACGCUUCUGUAAGUUUCUCACACAUCUCUAUACACUGAAUGUGUUCUCUUGGUCUGUGGGAUCUCUAGUUCUGUUGACUUCAGAUGUAUGAAUGCUUCAUCUGUCUGUGUGUACUGUAGGUUACUGUGAAUGAAUCCUCUUGAGAAAACCACUGCCCUGCCGUUUCUGACCGGUCUUUAACUUUCUUCUUCAACAUCAUGCUGAGUGCUCUUAUUUAUGUCAUGAAACUUUAACAAGUCAUCAAAUAAAUGAUAUUAUAUAAUAGGUGCACGUGUAGCCGAGGUGUAUUAACCCUAUCAGUGAUUUCAGUAAAACUGAUGAACUCAUAUAAUGUGUGUAGGGAUCUGUUUCAAGAGGCAAUGUUUGUCACGCAAAUCUAGUGUUUGUCACUCAAGUCAGCUCUUAAGUGUUUGUAUUUGUUUGUUUAAAGAAACCAAAGGAGAAUUGGACAUGACACUUUUAAGGAUAUAGAGUUAUGUGGAUCUAGCAGAGAGGAAUGCUGGUCUGGUCUUGACUUUGGUCUCAAAAUAUUGGUCUUGUCUUGGUUUAGGACGCUGGUCUUGACUAUAACAGUAACAUUACUCAAAUCAUUGGUGAAUAACCAUUAGCGCAAUAUAGCCUAUAGUGAAUGGAAAAGCUGUAUAACGUUUAUAAAAAGGUUAAGACAAAUAUUAGAAAACAUUAAAUAUUGUUUUUGUUCAUGUGUGCCCUAAACAUACAAACCCAUCACGUCCACUGAAGAGAAAGCGUGACACUUGACUCCGCCCCUCUGAUGACGCGUCUGCCCCGUUACAUCUGCACGAGAAAGCGUCAGCAGAAACGCGUGAGAGGAGCGCAGAAAAAGAAAAGUUCCGUUACCUCGCGUCAGACUGAGAGGAAAAUGGCGAGUCGUGUGUUGAGUGGGCUGAUGUGAACGGAGCUUACGGUCACAGAGAGCCGUGGAUACGAUGCGUCAACUUCACAAACGCGUCUGUGUUGUAACGCGUGUUACCGUGGACUGUACGCGAGACCUACCGAACGAACUCAAAACAGCUUUCUAUCAUCGACCAGAGAAUCGUUUCACAUACACUCGGAUCGGAUAAAGAUCGCAAUCAAUACCAGUGAGAGAUGUUUACCUCGCGCGUAACGGGACAGCGGCCACCGUCGGGUCGCGCGGCGCGCACGCGAGCGCACUUUGGAGACGUGAGAUAAUCACGAUCGCCCGAGGAGACCGUGUAUGCGAGAUCAGCUGUAAGAUGACGGCCCCCAGGUCCAGAAGACCGUGGCUCAGCGUGAUCGUGGGGGUGCUUUUGGGCUUCACUGUCGCGUCGUGGCUGCUCGUGCCCAGAGUCCUGGAGAUGAGCGCGAGGAACAGAAGGUCCUCUUCAGCGUGUCCGUACUACAGUGACGUCAGGAGUAAAGUUUCGUCUCGUGACGUCAGACAGCAGCGGGACGGCGAUGAAGAGGAGCUGAAGGCACGUGCACCUUCGGCUCAAAGCUUUCUGUAUGUGGGGGUCAUGACGGCUCAGAAGUAUCUGACCUCCAGAGCCGUGGCCGCCCACCGGACCUGGAGCUCCAGCACACCGGGCAAGGUGGAGUUCUUCUCCAGCGAGGGCUCCGAGAAGGUGGCGCUGCCCUCUCCGGUGCCCGUCAUCUCCCUGUCAGGCGUGGAUGACUCAUAUCCGCCACAGAAGAAGUCAUUCAUGAUGCUGAAGUACAUGCACGACCAUUACCUGCAUCAGUACGAGUGGUUCAUGAGAGCUGAUGAUGACGUCUACAUACAGGGUGAGAAGCUGGAGUCAUUCCUGCGCUCUCUGAACAGCAGUCAAGCGCUCUAUCUGGGUCAGACGGGUCUGGGCACCACAGAGGAACUGGGUAAACUGGCCCUGGAGCCCGGAGAGAACUUCUGUAUGGGCGGUCCGGGGAUGAUCUUCAGUCGUGAAGUCCUCCGCAGGAUGGUGCCACACAUCGGUGUGUGUCUCAGAGAGAUGUACACCACACAUGAAGAUGUGGAGAUCGGACGAUGCGUCAGGCGUUUUGGAGGGACUCAGUGCGUCUGGUCAUACGAGAUGCAGCAGUUGUUUUAUGAAAAUUAUGAACACAACAAGAAAGGUUUUAUUCAAGAGCUGCACAGCAGCAAAAUCCACAAAGCCAUCACGCUUCACCCCAACAAGCAUCCGGCCUAUCAGUACCGGCUCCACAGCUACCUGCUAAGCCGCAAGAUCUCUGAGCUGCGUCACCGCACCAUUCAGCUGCACCGCGAGAGUGUCACCAUGAGCCGCCUCGCCAACACUGAAGUUCAGUGGGAGGACCAGCUGCUGGGGGGGCCGCCAUCCUACACACGCUACCGGCCCUCCGACCGUAGAGAUGUCAUCGAGUGGGAAUUUUUGACAGGUCGGUACCUGUACACCACUGGUGAGAAGCAAAUGCCCCGUCAGGGUCUCGGAAUCCUGAUCCGCACUGCGCUGGAAGACACUGUGCUUCAAAUGAUGGAAAUGAUCAAUGAGAACUCCAAAGGUCGAGGACGAAUCAUUGACUUUAAGGAGAUCCAGUAUGGCUAUAGGCGGGUAGAUCCGCUUCAUGGCGCUGAAUACAUCCUGGACCUUCUGUUGCUUUACAAGAAGCACAAAGGCAGGAAGGUGACGGUGCCGGUUCGGAGACAUGCUUACCUACAACAGUCCUUCAGUCAUCCUUUCCUCAGCGAGGUUGUGGAACUGAAUGUAAGCGACCUAGAAGACGCCAUCAACAGUGAAUCUCAUUCCCUAUCCUUUCUCUCUAGUUCACUCAAGAUCUUCGCUUCCUUCCAGAUCUCAGAAUCCACAAAAGAGAUGCACAGGCCGAGUCAAAAAAAGGUCCACUUUCUUGUACCUCUCACUGGACGCUACGAAAUAUUUGUGCAUUUUAUGGAAAACUUUGAGCGAAUCUGCCUCAUCCCAAAUCAACAUGUCAAACUGAUCGUAAUCCUGUUUGAUAAUGAUGCGAACCAGGAUAAAGAGAGACACCUAGAACUGCUUAAGGAAUACCACAACAAAUAUCCUAAAGCAGAUCUGUCCUUCAUUCCCAUGACCGGAGACUUCUCUCGAGGUUUGGCUCUUGAAAUGGGCUCUUCACCGCUGAAGAACAACUCACUGCUGUUCUUCUGUGAUGUGGAUCUGGUCUUCAAUACUGACGCCCUGCAGAGAUGUCGAGACAACACUAUUGAAGGAAGUCAGGUGUACUUCCCUGUUGUUUUCAGUCAGUAUGAUCCCAAAGUCGUCUAUUCUGGUGAACAUCCGGAUGAAAGCAACUUUAUUUUUACAAAGAAGAGUGGAUUCUGGCGAGAUUAUGGGUUUGGUAUCAGCUGUAUAUUUAAAAGUGAUCUUCUGAAAUCCGGAGGCUUUGACACGUCAAUACAAGGCUGGGGUUUGGAGGAUGUGGAUUUGUAUACUAAAGUCAUUCAUUCUGGUUUGAAAGUGUUUCGCUCUCAAGAAGCAGGUAUCGUUCAUAUUUAUCACCCUGUCCACUGUGACUCACAUUUAGAACCCAAGCAAUACAAAAUGUGCCUUGGCUCCAAAGCCAGCACGUACGCCUCUACAAUAGAGUUGGCUGAAGUGUGGUUGUCGAAACAUUUAGGUGUCGGCUAUAACGGAACUUCAUCCUGAACUCACUGUUUGUGUGUGCAUGUUUGAAGAUGCUAUUUAUAAAAACCAAUCUCAUGCAAACAUGUAGAUGUUUCUUCAUAGAAUCAAAAGAAAGAAAGGAACCAUUCCGUUAGCUUUCUCAUAAGUCUGUCAGGAAUCUGUCACGACAGGGGGGUGAGAUAGAAUCCGGGGGGUGUUUUAGAGUGAGGAAGAACCCAGAUACAGGCAGCAGUGCAAACAACAAUGAAUUUAUUAACAAUUAAACAAAAACCCACAAGGGGAAAACAGAAAACAAUCAAGGAAGCAAGAUAGAAUAAUAACUUUAAAAUAAAUACUUCCAGCAAAGGGGCAAAGCAAGAACAGAAACUGGAUAAAGCAAGACUUACUAAAUGUAGGGACUGGGUAGGGACAUGACAGAAACAGCAACGAGCAACAAUGCAAACAAGCAAAACUAACAAGCACAGGACAAGAGACACAAGGGCAUUUUAAAGGGAGACCCUAACAUGUGGCAGGUGUGAGUAAUGAAACACUCAAGGAAAGCUAAACGAGAUAAGAGAGGGCAGGAACAGAGACGAGACCGGAGAGAGAUUGGAAGGCCAUAGGCGCAUAGGCGUUUCUCUCCACAUAAAUGUGUGGUACUGUCAUGAUCCUGCUUCAAGACUAGAAAAACCUGACAAGACGUGGCAGAACCAUGACAGAUUCUUCUUCCAUUUCUUCUUCCGCCAAUGUGUCUAUGGGAGCCCAUAGAACAAUAUGGUAAAAAGUUACACAUAUAGUGAACAGUCUGAAAUGAUCCCAUGUCAAAUUUGAAGCCUUUAACUCAAACCCUGUAGCACCACCAAAAUUCCAAAGUUUCCACAUACAUCUUUGCCUAUAUAUUUAGAGUCCAAAACCGAUUUAAAGCUGUAUUUGAGGUUUCGCCUUACGAUUUGCCCAGUUAAGAGAUGCUUUAUAAACAAUCAUGAAUAAUUUCACAACCGAUACUCACCAGACCACCAUAGAAAACACCCAUCCUAAGCUGGUUUACUGUAUAUCUGUAAACUGUAUAUACUGUAUACAAUGACAUUUUUGACAUCAAAAAUGUCAUUGUAAGAGGCCCAAAUGUAAAAAAAAGUUUGAUAAGGGCCUGUUUUAAUGUUUUGUGAGUAAUUAUAAUUUCUAAAUGAAAUGCUAUAUUUUUACCAUAUUUAUACAAUGAUUUAUGCGCAAAGUCUGAGGACACACUGAAAGCGUGGUACAGCUGUUUCUCUUUGCCAUUUCAUCUAUUUCUGCAUCCUCUAAAGCUGAUUUAUUACAAAGAUCUGAGCUGACAGUCACUGUAAAGCUUUUGUGUACUGUAUUUGGAACUACUCCUUAAAAAGAUGACAUCAUCCACCAAAUACUGUUUAUAACCUCAGUAGUCCUCUUGUGUUUUUAUAUGUGAUGAAAAUUAAAGCUGUCACAUUGCAAUUAUAAUAUUUUUAUCCUUUUUAGUUUUGUGAUAUUAAGUAGAGGUUACUAUUUCACAUCAUGUGUUUUUACUGUAUGUGCUUUAAAGGUUCUGUGUGUAAGUUUCAGAGGCCACUAUUGGCGAUGUAGGAAAUUGCAACCUACAGCUCCGCUACCCCCCUCCCCCUCCCAUUAGAGAAACUACGGUUGCCGUCACAGGACAAAAGGGUUCCGUAAAUGAUAGCGGCCAUUAUCGGUGGUGUUGAUAAUUGCAAUCUACGUCUCACAGGCGAACAACAGACUGAAGUUAUGGACACAGGACAGAGAUGUCAUCGUCUGAGACAGCAGAGAGUAACCUUUGCAAGUCAAGUGACGAGGUUUAUUUACAAAGAAAAGGGAGAGGAACGUAUCCCCGGAGGACCUCAUAAAGAGGAUGUGGAAGCUACUUCUCUUGAUGAUCAGCUCAUCUAUUAGCUAAAGCUAUCAAACAAUCAGUUCACUUUUUAAGCGGAAUUUAGACAAACUUACCGGUCCAGCAGAAAGCUGGCAACUUCGCCGUCGCUUAGCAAACCCGUUUCCUGCUUCAGUGUCCUCCACUUGGGAAAAGCCACGCUGAUGUUUAUUCUGGUUUUCUGCUGUUUUUUGUAUCGACUUUUUGACGACACAGAUUGACGCUCUGUCGGCUCUUGUGCAGAGCAUAUGUGGUCCGCCAUUAGCGCAAAUUUCACUUCUUACUGCAACAAAGAACCGUUUAUAUUUCUAAUAAAAAACACGACAAGUAAAUUUACAUUUAGACAUUUAGCAGACGCUAUUAUCAAAAGCGACUUACAAAGAGUUUAGGAGCAAUAAGCGAUAGUUCAUACAGGAGCCAUAAUACAUUAGAUCUCAAUACAAAGUUACUGGUUUUAACAAAAGCUAGACCACUACCUGUUGAGAGAAAGGGUUAGUGUUUUUUUUUUUUUUCAUUUGUUUGUCAAGUAUUCACAGAAGAGAUGGUUUUAAGUAGUUUUUUAAAUAUUGUGAGAGAUGUGGUUGAACGGACAGAGUUGGGAAGAAUGUUUAACCAGGAAGGAGUUGUGAAUGAUAUUGUUCUUCCUCUUCUUCUGCUAAUCCUUUUAGGUAGUGGCUUUGCAAGCUGCCUCCAAAACACAGCCGAAGAAGAAGAACUAGUCCAGUGCAUCCUUCUUUUACGAAACGGGCUCAGUUUGUCCGUGUAGUGCUACUAUAGAAACAUGGCUGUGCAAUUUGAUAAAUUACAUGUAAAGGUGUGCCCGCGGUGUAUAUACAUAAAAUGGUUUAUUGUAAGAUAAUAUAAACAUUUCGCUUCAUUUUGUAAGGUAAUUCUUCACCACUCACAACAUAGUUUUGUAUUAUAUAAGUAGUGUUAUCAUAUACUGCAGGGUUCCUCAAAUCUUACCCUGGAGGGCCGGAGCACUGCAAAGUUUUGCUCCAGCCCUGAUCAAACACACCUGAGCAAGCUGAUCAAGUGGUUCAGUAUCACUAGAAAAUCACAGGUGUGCAAGUUUCAUCAGGGUUGGAGCUAAACUCUGCAGUGCUCCGGCCCUCCAGGGUAAGAUUUGAGGAACCCUGAUAUACUGUGUGUCAAAAAUUUUGAUUGAUUUAUGUACACCUGUCAAAUUUUCUGUCCACCGGUCAUUCAAACUGGAGUUUUAUGGUAUGACAGCCCUGAUGACAGAUAUAUUUUAUGAUUGUUUUGGGGGUAUCCUCUGACCCCUACCCUUCCAUCAGCGUGUCUAACUUCCUACACCCCCUUCACUCCUUCCUUAUCAAAAAGAUUUGUUUUCAUCCUGUUUUGCUUUUACAGGAUAUUUGUGAAUGAAGUUUGUAAGCUAGUGAGAUAAUAUAAGUGUAGUAUGUGUGUUUUUCCUCUAAGAGUGUUGUUUCCUUGCUUUGUGGUUUUUAUCAUGCUAAUGAGUGAAAUGAGGCUUGUUGUUUGAAAUCUUCUGAAAGUGUGUCUACCCCUACUUUCCAUCCAAGCGAGUAAUUUCCCAGUCAAUAAAAGUUUUUUUUAUGAUC